AUGGUUCGAAUCAUCCAAUGCGCACCCCAUGCCGGCCUGCCCAAGGUCUGGCUUGGAUUUGGGGAGAUUGGAGACCGCCAAUUCCAGCUUCAAGCCAAACAAGACGCUUACUUCGAUCAUGUUGCUCCAAAUAUCCGUUUUGUGCACCGCAACGACCAAGUGAGCUACUGGUAUCUUCACCGUGACGUCUUGUUCCGACAAGCCAAAUGGUUCCCCUGGAAGUAUAAGGACCCAGCCAUUCGUGAGUUUGUUCUUCCACCCAUUGUACGUCUAGAACAGAUCCCCAAGAUUCUACAGUUCCUCUAUACUGGCGACUACUCAGUUGAGCGAGACGAUCUCCGUCGUUAUCAGUUGGGAGAGAGCCCCCAGGGAUGUGUGAACUGCCCCCAGAUGGCCACGCUAUUGGCUAUCCAUUCGGAUAUGGUUCAAACGGCUGGCUUCCUGGGAAUGCAGGAACUGCAAGCUUUGGCUUUUGUCCGAUUCCGUACCCUGCUCGACGCAGCUCCUGUCAUGGUCCUGCGCCACGCUAUCUGCCAUGUGUAUGACCAUGGUCGUAUCUGCCCUGCUACACAUCACUCCAAUGGAUUCCCCAUGUUGGUAAUGGGCGAAUGUGACUACCGACCUCAACUUAUUCUUCCUGCUGUUCUCCGAUGGUGCGGAUACUAUCGACUGCAUCCCAAGUGGACCUCAGUCAAUGGUCGUCCUAAGCAUUAUGGGGAGCAGCAGUUCACUCAAUUGCGCCAGAGAAUCCCAGAGUUUGACUCUCAUCUGACUCGUGGUCUGUUUUUGGAUACUAUUGCCGCAACUGCGCCAACGAUGAUCUUGCACGGCGAGACCCGACCUAUUCGAUGCGUUGACCCGACGAAUAGACCUGAAAUUAUGUCAAUGAAGUCGAAUCCCCGUCGAUCAAAUUACCAGUAUGCCACUUUCCUGCAGCCACUGCCUUUCGAAAACCCUGAGUAUGAGCAGGAGAAGACGAUGGUCGAUUCUGAUACAGAGAUGUCUGACUCCCCUGAGGAUGAGGAUGAGGAUGAUGCUUAUACUGAGAAGCACAAGCAAGCUCCUGUUUCUAACCGUCGUGUGACUAGGUCAAUGGUCAAAACGACUAACAUGACCAGCAUGAGUUCCGCAGUUUCCGCUAACACAAGGUCGCGAAUUACAAAGAGACAGCAACAGUCUACACACAGCGCAGUGCAACGCCCUAAGCACUCUACUCCGGCCCAGGCCCCUACUUCCAUCGUCCAGACAAGCAUCAAUGAUAGCCAACUUGUGGCAACACAACAGCAGUCUCAGCUCAACUAUCCUGCUGCUGCCCCUGAUGCUAAUCACUCGUUCCAGAUCCAAGCCCUUGAAGGUAUCUUGGCUGACACUGCUCUGCAGAACAUUGACACUACUAUGGAUCUGAACACGGAGAGCUGGGUGGACUACCUGAAUGCUCCUCUCACCGAGGCUGACUUGGCGCUCGCCAAUGAAGGCCUGCAGACCACCGAGAGUCAGACCAGCGUGCAUGCUAAUGUAGAGUUUAACGAGUGGGUGAACCCCGAGGCUCUGGCUGCCCCCGAAGCUAACAUGUCCUUUGAUGAACUCAUUAACGGAAUUGACCUGGAAGACUUUCCCUUGUUCCCCCAGAGCGUUGCCCCCGAGUGGACAAGCACCGACGAUGUCACCAUUUUCCGCAUGCACGCCGAAGAGCGUGACAAGAUCUCAUGGGAGGACGAAGGAGACCUGGAACGACCCACUGGACCCGAGGCGCCUGUUCAAAGUUCCGGCUUUGACGAGUUCGAAGAAACCUUCUGGAACAACACCAACCGUCAUGGACUACGAUAUAUCCCCGCCGGCAUGACUCCCUAUCAACACUGUGUUGACCUCCUGUGCCAAGUUCUCGAAAAGGUUGAAGAAAACAACAUCACUAUUCGCCCAGAAGCGAUGGUCAACUACCUCCUGGUGUGUUUCCCCGAUGUUGAUUUGUUCGAGGAAGUUCAGAACUUGAUUGAUGCCCUUCCCGAGGAGUAUAAAUUCUCUAACAUGGCGCAGCGGAUUCCCACUAAUGCAGAGCAGGAGUCCCCGACUCGGGAGUCUGAGCUCUCUCUUACUUUGACUGAACAGAUUGAGGCUCUGACUGAUGCCGAUCGGGCAGAGUUCGGCUCGGCCGCUGGGUCUUUGGACUUGGAAGGAUCCGAGUGA